AUGUCUGAACAAGACUUUCAUCCACAUAAAUUCAGCGAAAUGCGAGAUAUUUGUAAAUCCAACAUCGAUUCAUAUAAUGCGUUGUAUCAGCUCAAAACGGAAAAAGAAGAAGAAUUAAAAACGAUUUACAAAAUGAUCAAAACAGAAUUGAUUGAUUCAAAGAUAAUCAAUCUUCAAAAUAUUAUUAUAAGAAAGAUUCAUCUCAUUCACAGGUACAGAUGGAUUUGA